AUGUCAGGGCAGGAGCGGAACGUAUCGGCAAUGCAUGAGGGCGAGGGAGACGCUCGGGGAAAACCUCGCAUGCGAGCCUACGUGUGGUGGUAUAAAAGAGCCCUGCAGACUUUGAGGAGCUCGUCAGGGGUCGCCUCUUCUGCCUUCACCAGUGUUGUUGCCCUCACAGCUUCUGUUCUGGUUGCGAUUUUUCUGUAUGCAAAGCCUGCGAUCUUGAGCAAUGGGCUGCUUUCGAACUCUUCCGAUGCAUACAUCGGGCAAGUCGCUUCCUCUGCUCAGUGCCGACGGUUCGUCAACUUAACCGAGCAUGUGGAUUCCAUGCUACUUGCUGCACACUUUCUACUUUAUAGCCAGCGGGAUGUGCAAGAAGACGAGGUAGAGCAAAGUAACGUGCUCUUGACGUUGUCUCAAUUCUAUCGCGAGGUGCGGAGAAGACCUGACAAGUUUCCUGUCGGGCUGCAGACGAGAAUCCAUGAGGCGUUUCUCCACAGCUUCUCCUUCUGGGAAGCACACUCGCGGUCGACCAAGUCAGGCGUGAGAUACAUCAUCUACCCGCGGGCUCAGAUCGGUCGGCUCGAGACUCUCAGUCAGGUGAUUCUCUCUCUCCUCCACUUCCACCGAAGUCUCGAUGCCGGCGCGCUGCCGAGGGGAGUCGGGUUGAACGCUCCCUCCUUCGCUCAGACGAGUCAAGGCUGGCGAGUGAAGCGAGCGCUCGACGACUACUCGGAGUACUUCCUUCGCCUGCGAUUGAGCUCCGGUCGCUUCGUGCGGACACUUGAAGGGAAUGGCAGGCCCCGCAAGCAGCACAAGCUGAAGAUGCAUGAGGCUUCGUCGGAGGGGGCAGCUCUUCUUGCUAUGAUCUCCCUUGCCAAGUACUACAGGAGGGGAGACCUGUGGCACAAGAUCGGAGAAAGCACCCGGGCGAUGCUGGACGCUUAUGCUGCUUCCUCUGACGUCGAGGAGGAUGGAAAACGAUCGGACCUGAGGGACUUCUAUGAGCAUGGUGCGCUAGCGCUCAUGGAGAUCGCGGACUCGAUCGAUCCUGUCGGGGGGCAGCGAGCAGAGGGUGACCUGCCGGAGGUAGCAGCGAGAGGGCUGCUGGAGAUGAGCAUCAAGAUUGCUUCAAGUUUGUCGGGGGAAGGAGGAGGAAAGAAGCAAUCAGAAGAUCAGGAGAACUGGUCUCGAAUACCCUCGAUUCUCCUCCUCCUCAUCAUCAUCAUCACCACCACCACCACCACCACUACCAUCAUCAUCAUCAUCAUCAUCAUCAACAACAACAACAAGAACAACAUCAACAUCAACAUCAACAUCAACAACCAUGUUCACAAUGAUCAGCGUCUCGCUCCUGGCUUGGCUGCGGCUGCUCGACUUGCGGCAGUGAAAUCGCGAGGAGGAGAGGAAGACCUGGAAGCUGAGCUGACACUUCAAUUCCUCUGCCUCACUAGGAGGAUGCUCACUGCAAUGAGCAAGCUGCAGGUCGGAGGAUUGCUGGCAGACCCUGCCUCGGCACAGAGUACUAAGAACAAGAUGAUGCGAGGACUUCGAGGAGCUCCAUCUUUCAACCUCACCAAGUGUAUUGGGCAUGUGCAGAAAAAUCUUGUAGGAAGCAUCAAGGGAAAGAAGGAGAAGAUGAAGAAGGAAAGAGAUGAGAAGGAGAUGGCGCGUGCGAAGGCGAGGCUGAUUGAAGUGAAACCUGGGGAACCAAUCUCAAUCGCUGAGAUGAUUCAGAGAUCCAAAAAUCUUUCCAACGAGCAAGAGGAACAGACGUUGACUGAGUGCGACAGAGCCAUGCAUGCCCAUCAGAGGUGCACCAACGACAACCCGGUGGGCAAGCAAGGGUUCAUGGCCUGCUGCAGACAGCUUAGCGGAUAUCUGUUCUCCUGCGUCGAAGACUACAACAACCUUCCCAAUCACCUCCGCACCCUCUACGUCCCUUCCUAUACCCACUACUGCGUCCCUGACGGCCAUAGCCCUCUGCCCAAGGGGUUCGGCCAGCAGGACCAUCCUCCUCGCGAGAGCGAGUUCGAGCACAGGAAGGUCAGGGCAGAGCUGGACUCGUGCGACCUCGCUGCUAUGGGAGGGAUCCCGUCAGAGGGCGGCGGGCUGCGGGUCGACCACGGGCCGGCAGUGUCCGGGCGCAGGCUGAGCAAGAGCGGACAGGCUGGCGGCGCUUGUGAAGGCUCCGCCAAGAGCUGCGCCCGGCGAUGCGCGUGCGGGCAUGCAGGAGCUGCCAGGGCUGCUGAGCACGGGGUCACUCAUGCCUAA